AUGAGUGAUUUAGCUGUUUUUGCGACCCUUUUACUUAUUUCCACUGCAGAAGCUUCAAAUUCGAGGAGCCACGCCUGUGGCUCGGCGCAUGCAGCUUCCCCGCCUAGAAUAACUUCAUCAGCUCCAGCUCCAGCUCCAGCUCCAGCCCUAGCUCCAGCUCCAGCCCUUUCCGCUGAAUCACCCAAAAAUGAUCCGGCACCGGAUGCUGCAAUGAUAUUUGAUGUUACCAUGUAUGGAGCAGUGGGAGAUGGUAAGACAGAGAAUGGCAUGAUAAUCGAACAUGGAGUGUCGACAUCAAAAGUAUACUCUGCAUUCUUAGCAGCAUGGGAUGAUGCAUGCAAUCAUCCUGGAAAAUCCACUUUAUUAGUACCCAAUGGGACAUUCUUCAUUGGCCCAAUCUCAUUUAUUGGCCCUUGUCAAAACAAUCAAUCCCCAAAGGUAGAGAUCAGAGGGACUUUGAAGGCUCCUUCCAGCCUCAAGGCCUUCCCCACACCCUCCUGGAUUAUGUUCCGACAAUUGCAGAGCCUGAUUCUCACUGGAGAAACCACAACAAACACAUCUUUGUUUGAUGCCCAAGGAGAAGAAUCAUGGAGACAUGCCGAUUGCAGACACAAACUAAAAUGCCAGUUCCCUACAUCAAUAAUAUUGGUCAAUGUUACAAAUGGGAAUAUCAGCAACAUCACUCUAAAGAAUGGUAAGGGAUUCCAUAUGGGCAUCAUAAACAGUGACAAUGUCACUGUCCAUGGCGUCAACAUUACAGCCCCCUGGAACAGCCCCAACACCGAUGGCGUCCACAUCGGUUACUCCACCAACAUCCACAUCACUUCUUCCACAAUUGGAGUCGGAGAUGACUGCGUCUCCAUUGGACCCGGCAGCAUCAACAUAACUGUUUUCAACACCAAAUGUGGCCCAGGUCAUGGUAUCAGUGUGGGGAGCCUAGGCAAAUACUCAGCUGAGAAGGAUGUGGUGGGAGUCAGAGUGAAGAACUGUACAAUCAAUGGCACCCAAAAUGGGGUCAGGAUCAAAACAUGGCCCGGAUCUCCGGCAAGCAAGGCGUCUAGUUUUUGGUUUGAGGACAUUGUAAUGAUCAAUGUCUCAAACCCCAUAAUCAUAGAUCAAGAGUACUGUCCCUGGUCUACCUGCACCAGCUCCAAACCCUCACUUGUGAAGCUCAGUGACAUUCAUUUCACGAACAUCAGGGGCACUUUUAAUACCAAGUCUGCAGUAGCUUUGAUGUGCAGUUCUAGUGUUCCUUGCGAGGAUAUACAGCUUCUUAACAUUAAUCUGACCCACACAAUGGCAAGCAGCCUUCAAGGAGGAGGCCACUUGAGUGUGAAGGGUGCUCUUCAUGGUCUAGAAAUUAAUGGUUCUAGCUUCUGA